AUGGACGCGGAACAGGUGUCCGAUACACCACCAGUGCAGGACGAAGAGUGGAACAUUGGUGACUUUGUCCUGCAAUCGUCGGACGACGUCAUUUUCAAAGUCAACUCCUAUGUCCUCUUUGGCGCGAGACGGCUGAUCGCGGCUGAGGUACUCCGCAUCUUCCUUGCCCUCAUCACCAAUGGCCAGUUACCGACCCUCCCUGCAGGACUACCGCACAUCGCCGAACUGCUGUCUUUCUGCAAAAAGUACGACUGUGUCGUCGCCAAGCGAUCGGCACUGCUGUCCAUUCGCGAGCUCGUCAUCUUGGAGGAGCUGUCGUACAGCCGGGCCAUGAAGAUCGGCGCCCUUGCCGACGAUGUGAACACUUGUGUUGUGUCUCUCAAGUGCUGUUGCGACAGGAACCCUAACAACGCUGAGGCAGCAAGAAGCUUCCUACGUUUUAAGGACUGCCCAUUGGAGUAUUCCUUCGCUCUCGCCCGAGCCGGACAUAAUGUCAAAUAUUCAGGAGAAGACGGUAGCUCCCUCGGGUUGUGUGCAGCAUUCAAGCGCCUAGUAUUGGACGCCAGGAAGUUUUCACGGGACUGGCAUGCCCGUCUUGAGACGUACCAAAGAGACGGUAUUCUACCAAGUUCGGUAGUUGACAGUCGCUGGGAUGAAGGCGACCUGUUGAUCCGGUCUGCAGACGGCGUCACGUUCAUCGUCCCUUGCUACCACAUCAUGGCGUCGUCGCUGAAAAACUCUGACGAUAAGUUCAUCCACUUCACGAACAUCCAUUGCGAAUCCGCAGACGUGGUUCGCCAGUACCUCGAUCUUAUUGUGGACGGCCGUGUCGAAGUUGACGGCGACUUCGAGGACUCAACACUGCCUGAUCCAUACGGGCAGUUGCCGGUAUUCUGCCAACUAGCCGUUUUCCUACGCACAUACGGUUGCGAACACGCACUGCAGGCUUUACUUUUUGCGACUCUUCGACAGCUGGAGCGACGGCAACUCGUACGCAAACUGGACCACAUAAACCACGGCGAUCCGGACAAGCUGCAAGCGCGGCUUGUAUUCAACGCAUUCAUGGUAGCUGCCAUUGCGGACGACCGAUCUGCAGUCCUCCAAGCAUUCCUAGCACCGCGAGCGAUGUGGAGUUUCACGUUCGACCUCUGCAAUGAGAUGACAGCGCCGUUAUCCGACGGGGACAUUUUCCACCCAGGAAGUUGGUCAUUCAUGUACUGA